AACGGUAAUACUAUACUGUGGAAAACAACUUUUUCGUAAUAAGUAAAAAAAAACAUAUUUUGUGUAAAAAGAAACUCACAAAAAAUAAGCUUUAAACUAAAUUAACAACAACAAAUAAAAGUGAUUAAAGCGUGAGUGUUUUAAAAGAAAUAAAUUAAAAUAAAGUUUUUGUGUUUAAUAGAAAAAGUUUGGUAAAAUUUUAUUUAAAAAAAUAUAUAAUAAUAAAAUACAAAAAACGUGUUCAACAUUUUUAAUUACGCUACGUUAAAUGAUUUUAAUGGCGGCUUAAGAGGGUGUCUAAACAACUUUUGGGUUUUUCUUUUUUAAAGUCUGUGAGUGAGUUAGUGGUGUGUGUGUUUAAGUGUGCAAAAAACUAAAAUAUAAAAACAAAAAAAUAUUGAAUUGAAUAAAAAAAUUAACAAAAAAAAAGCUGUUUAUGACAGUCAUUGUUUGCUAAAAUAAAAAAAAACAAGUAUUUAAAUAAACCAGAAAAUAUACUAUAAUUUAAAUACAAAACCAAAAGAAAUUCCCUAAAAUUUCAAGUAUCAGAUCUGAUCCCUGCUGUUUAAAACUUGAAUACGUGCACAACAAUUUUGCGGUUAAACUUGCAUACAUUCGCCAUUAUUCUUUCUAAAGGGGUAAUUUAUUCAAUACAGAAGGUUUUAAUUUUGUUUAUAUCUACUCAAAGAAGGUCAGGGUUUUGUGGCCAUAAUUAAAUGGAUGAUUUUUUUACCCAGUUGUUGUUCAUAUUAUAAAACGGCGGAUUAGUUACAUACAUGCGUUAACAACAACAACCGUGCAACGAGAAACAGUCAAUUAAUUAAGGAUUUAUUUUAGAAUUUUCCCAACUUCAUCUAUUUAAUAGAUAUAUUUUUGUUACUCAUCCUCAACAACAAUGGAGUUUUAAUUUAACCACAACAAUAAACAACAAUAUCAACGCAACGUUAUUAUAUGCAUUUCAUAUAAUUUAAAUACAUAAUUUAAGCCUUCGGAAAACAAUAAUAUAAAACAAAUUUAUCAUCAUCACAGCCUUAUAAAGGUGCGCAAUCAUGAAGAAUCACCCCUUAUGUCCUCAUGAAAGCCGAAGAGAUCUGCUGCAUAAAAUCUCAACAACCUGUCUAAUAUACCUCUUUAUUCUGACAAGCACACAUCUGCCAUUCUCAAUAGCAAGUUCUGGUGCUAAGCUGCGCGAAGAAUGCAUGGAACUUGCAGCCAAAUCACAAUGUGAAUGUAUUCCUAUCCUGUCGGACAUACAAAUUGAAUGUCCUGUUAAUGAUCCCAAACUGACCAUCAAAAUACGUCCUGGUGAUCAUGUCAUGAUAGAGUGCUACAACAUCAACUAUAAAGACUAUAAACUUUUGCCCAAUAUGGCUAUUGGCAACACUUCGCAGGUGCAGAUACAAGGCUGCCCACUACCGGGGCAUUUGUCCAUAGCAAACAUACCCGAGCAGCUGGGUGUUAAGCAGUAUACCACCUUGCUAUUCGACAACAAUAACGAUUUGGGUACAAAUAUUACCCGGGAACAUUUAAGUGGUUUGCAUGGCUUGCGCCGUUUACGUUUUAGUUCUUCACGUCUAUUGCAUAUGCCCGAAGAUCUCUUCUCAGAUAAUUCCUUGAGAAAUCUCACGUGGUUGGAUUUACGUUCCAACAAUGUAGACUUACCCGUAGAUAUUUUUGCAAAAUUAGAAAGUUUAAUCUUCAUAGAAUUGGGCUACAAUCAUUUGAAAUCUCUGCCCCAAGGCAUCUUCCGUAAUCAGCACAAAUUGCAGGUCUUGAAUUUAUGGAGCAAUGAACUGCGCAAUCUAACCAAACAUAUAUUUGAAGGUAUAACUUCGCUUACAGAUUUAGAUUUAAGCAACAAUGGCAUUGAAACCUUCCGCUAUGAUAUCUUCGAACUUUUAACGAAUCUCACCAACAUAAGUUUGAAUAGCAACCGUUUUCGUUCAAUGCCCGAGGGUUUGUUCAAGAGGAAUAAGAAUUUAUCACAAAUAAGAUUGACCAAUAAUCGUGUGCCUUUAAGAAGUCUACCAGCAGCAUUUUUGGCAAAUCUACCACAGCUUAAUGAUGUACGUUUGACUUGUGAUUUAGAGUCAGUACCUGGAAAUCUAUUUAGCAAUUCCACAGCCAUCACAAUGAUCUCGAUGUCCAGCAAUAAAUUGAGUAAUUUACCCGCAGAAUUGCUAGAAAAUCAGUAUAAUCUUAUAGAUUUGGAUUUGUCACACAACUCACUCCUCAACCUGCCCGAAGAAUUGUUCCAGAAUACCAAGAAAUUGACAAUGUUAAAAUUGUCACACAAUCAAUUAACAGAAAUUCAAAGAGAACUCUUCUCAUCUUUAACAAAUCUCAAAACCCUUGAUCUCAGCAACAACAAAUUGACCACCAUCCAUCUCAGCGCCUUUGCCAGCACACAAAAUAUACAAGAAAUCAAUUUAGAAAAUAAUCAACUGACACUUAGUGAACCCUACGGUGGUGUGCUCGAGGGCCUUCAAAACGUCCUCGGUUCACCAUUUCAAUAUGUAAACAAUUUGCGUAAACUUAACUUGCGCAAUAAUUCCAUUAUGUACAUUUAUCAAGAUUGGAAAUUUCAAUUAUUAGAAUUGGAAGAAUUGGAUUUAAGUUACAAUAAUAUCACCACCAUGGACGAAAACGAUUUACAAUUCUUAACUAGAAACGACUUGAAAUUGAAUUUAACCCACAACCAGUUGAGAAUGGUAAAUUUACAAUCUAUUGAGACAUUGCAAAUUACCCAGGAUAAAAAGAGAAUUAUGAUGGAUUUGAAUAGUAAUCCCAUACAAUGCGACUGUGUGCUAUUGAGUUUUGUCCAGUACUUGAGAGGCGAAAAGGCUAAACAGGCGAAAGAACACAUAAAAUUGGAUACCGAGAAUUUGGUUUGUAAUCAACCAGAGAAUUUAAAGGGAAAACUAGUGAAAUAUAUAAAUCCUAUGGAUUUGUUGUGUCCCUUUGAUCAUGAGGGCACUAAUCCUAAACGCUGCCCCCGAGGCUGCAAUUGUUGGGUACGUUCUUUGGACAAAGUAUUAAUGGUAAAUUGUUCAAAUAGUAAUUUUACCAAAUUACCUGCCUUGCCUAGAAUCGAACAAUUCAAACUUGCUGGUACCGAGUUGUAUUUGGAGAAUAACGAAUUAAUGAAAUUACCCCUGGCUAAGACUCCGGGUUACGCUGAUGUCACAAAACUGUUUUUGGCCGGUAAUAAUCUGACUGCCAUAGAAAGUACACAUUUGCCGGCGCAAUUGACAGAACUGGAUGUAAGAAAUAAUCGCUUGGAAUAUUUUAAUAUCAGCACUAUACAUUUUUUAAACGAUAGCAGAAGCUUGAAUACCCUACAUCUCUCUGAGAAUCCUUGGAUGUGUGACUGUGAAGCGAAACCGUUUUUAAUGUUUGCCCAGAAUAAAUUCAAAUUGAUACGUGAUUUCUCUAAGAUGACUUGUUCCAAUUUUCUGGAACCCAAAUACUUCAAUGAAUUAUCCGUAAAUGACAUAUGUUCAGAUAAUGAACUGUAUAUAGCAAUGAGUAUAGUCAUUUCGAUGGUGGGUCUUUUGGUGGGCUCUUUGGCUGCUUUGUACUAUAAAUACCAAAAGGAAAUUAAAAUCUGGCUCUAUGCCCACAACUUGUGUCUGUGGUUUGUUACCGAACAAGAAUUGGACAAGGACAAGAAGUAUGAUGCCUUCAUUUCCUAUUCGCAUAAAGAUGAGAAAUUUAUUGCCGACUAUUUGGUGCCCCAACUGGAAAAUGGUUCACCACCCUUUAAACUAUGUGUGCAUGUCAGAGAUUGGAUGGUGGGCGAAUGUAUACCAGAUCAGAUAGUGCGCUCUAUUGACGAUUCAAGAAGAACCAUUGUUAUAUUGUCGCAAAACUUUAUCGAGUCGGUGUGGGCUAAAAUGGAGUUCAAAGCGGCUCAUCAAGCCUCCCUCAAUGAGGGUAGAGCCAGAGUUAUUGUCAUUUUAUAUGGCGAUAUCGAAGUUGACAAUUUAGAUUCAGAUCUAAAAGCAUAUCUAAAAAUGAAUACGUACUUGAAGUGGGGUGAUCCAUGGUUCUGGAGUAAAUUGCGUUAUGCGAUGCCCCAUUCAGCGAACGAUCUUAAAGGUUUGGUGAAAACUCCAAUUAAAGGAUCAACCGAUGAUAAAUUAGAAUUGAUAAAGCCAUCGCCAGUGACGCCCUCUCUGACAACACCACCCGGCGAGACAACGAAAAAUCCAUUGGUGGCACAUCUAAAUGGCGUGGGUGCUCCUCAAACGGCGGUUAUGUUUGCCAAUGGCAAAACUCCCAGUUACUAUACGAACGGUAAGACCACACCAAAUUGUCACAUUAAUGGAGCUUUUAUUAUUAAUACAAAUGCCAAACAGAGUGAUGUAUAGAAUUGGGAGAAAGCGGAAAUGUUUCAAUUUGAUGACGUACUCUAUCGAUGAAACAUUGAGACGCUAAAAGGACGCCACCAACAUAUUAACAUCAUUGAUCUAUAAUAAAUACAAAAUAACCCAGUAAAUAGGGAGAAAAUAACUCACAAUUAUCAGACUGAAGGAAAUAAAGUGCAUUGUGAAAAGCUUUAAAAAUGAAAAGACAAAAGUUUUACAAAAGCACACUAACCGUAAAUUUAAACAUUCAUUAAUUUUUUUACAACAUUCAUGUAAUGUAGUCUAUUUAAAAAACUUUUAUAAAUAUUAAGAAAUCCGAAAGCUUUCAAAAUCAAAAUAAUUUAAAAAUCAUUGCUAUGUUGGUUUAAGUAAAAGUAAAGACUUGUAAAGUCAAUAAUUUGAUUUUGAAAGCAUAAAAUAUUUUUUAAAUUUUUACAUAUUUAGAGUCUUCUG